UCAGCAUUCAGCCAUGAAAAGCCUUAAUUUGGUCGAAUAGUGUUUGAAUAGUCGUCGGUCCAUGAUCUGAAAAAAAUGUAAAAACGGACACCUACGUCUAGAAGAAAUGCAGACCAUAUACAUUUCCUUCACCCAAAGCACAAAGCAGCCUAUAAAUAAAUCAAAACUGCGACUCAUUAAAGAAGUUACCAAACAGAAACUGAACAGCAUAUUAAUGAACAUGAUGAUGAGUUCAAGAAUUCAUAUCUGUUUCUUGGUUUUCAUGUUUGCGAGCCUUGGUAUUAUACCAACCCCAAGCCUUGGUCACAGUCACAUAUGCCUGCCGGAUGACCAUGUUGCCCUAUUCAUCUUCGGAGAUUCUCUUUUUGAUGCAGGAAACAAUAACUACUUCAACACUACGAUCCGGUCAAAUUUUUAUCCGUAUGGGGAAACCUUCUUUAACUACCCAACUGGGAGAUAUUCCGAUGGCCGUAUAAUUCCAGAUUUCAUCGCUGAGUUUGCAAACUUGCCAUUGAUUCCGGCGUAUCUACAUCCUGGUUAUAAGCGAUAUGCAGAUGGGGCUAACUUUGCAUCUGCCGGAGCUGGUGCUCUUGUCGGAACUUAUCCAGGAUACGUGAUAGACCUGCAAACACAACUCAGUAAUUUCAAGAGAACGAAGAUGCUAUUGAAGAAAGAAAUCGGUGAAGCAGAAGCCAAGACAUUGGUGUCGAGAGCUGUUUACAUAACCGCCAUUGGAAGCAACGAUUACGUAUCUGCUUAUUUUGCAAACUUUAGCGUCUUUCAAUCCUACUCUCCAGAAGAGUAUGUGGAUAUGGUUAUUGGCAACUUGACAACUGUGAUCAAAGGAAUACACAAGGAAGGAGGAAGAAAAUUUGCGUUCCUAAACUUAGCGCCAUUGGGUUGCAUACCAUUGUUUAAGGCAAUAAACGCAGGUGAAUGCGAGGAGGAAAUUACAGCACUGGUAAAACUGCACAACAAAGCACUUUCACAUGUCCUCCAGGAGCUAGAGAGCCAGCUGAAAGGAUUCAAACAUUCAAUUACAGAUUUAUACAGUUUAGUCAAUGAAGCAGUAAAUAAUCCUUUAAAAUAUGGUUUCAAGGAAGGGGAGACGGCAUGCUGUGGAUCUGGUCCUUACAGAGGAAUAAGCACUUGUGGAGUCACUGGAGUGAAUGGAUCUGUCCAAGGGUAUGAAUUAUGUGAAAAUCCUAGUGACUAUGUGACCUUUGACUCUAGCCAUCCCACUGAAAGGGCCAACUUGCUAUACGCCAAGGCGAUGUGGAAUGGAAACCAAAGUGUCACACGGCCUUACAAUGUAAAAGCACUUGUUGAGCAGAAGUGAAAUGAAGAUUUUCUCUAGUCAUUUGUUCAAUUUUCCAAACUCACAUCAUUCACCAAAUGAAUGAGUUUGCUAUUUCUUCUUUCUAGAUGUUAGUGUUUGGAAUAAUCUACAUAUGCUAAGAAGUAAUAAGGUUGAAUUGUUCUUGCUCUGUUU